AUGGCUUCUCGGAUUGGAUUACGAAUGCAGCUGAUGCGAGAGCAAGCUCAUCAGGAAGAACAGAGAGAACGGAUGCAGAUACAACAUCAGCAACAUUUCAUGCAGAGGCAUCACCUUAUGCCUUCCAAUGCAUCCCCUGCAAUCAGCACACCCGACUCUUUUCAGGCACCACCACCUGUUCCUGUUGAGGUCCUACAGGUGCAAACACACCUUGAGAACCCAACAUCUUACCACCUGCAGCAGUCCCGAGACAAGAAGGUUCGCGAUUAUUUGUCGGAAACCUAUGGCAACAAAUUUGCUUCUCAUCUUAGUCCACUCAGGUUGUCUCCUAAACCCCCACCUGCUCCUCCAUCUCCUGCAAACCGUACUACUCGCCUUUCAUCAUCAGCAGGAAACAGUGCACCAAACAGUCCCAUGGCCAGAAUGAACUUGUGCUCCAAUCCAGAACGUGAAAUGGAUGAUGUACUUGACAGUAUAAUUAGCUUAGAUGAUAUGUAUGGAUGCACUGAACCAGCCCUCUCCAUGCCAAAUACGUUGCCAUUUUCCAGUAGCCAUUUGGGGCUCUAUAGUGAUAGUCCACGGCUUAGUGAUACCAUUGUAGGUAUCACCAGCAAUUCAUGCCCAGCCGACUUACCAAUAAAGAGGGAGCUAUCAGAUGCAGAAAAUCGUGCUCUUGUUCGUGAACGUCAGAAAAAGGAUACACAUAACAUGAUUGAACGAAGGAGAAGAUUCAACAUUAAUGAUCGCAUAAAGGAGCUGGGUACUUUAAUUCCAAAAACAAAUGACCUUGAAACACGUUGGAAUAAAGGGACAAUCUUGAGAGCUUCUGUGGAAUAUAUCAAACACAUGCAGAAAGAACAACAACGGAGCCGAGAUUUGGAGAUGCAUUCAAAGCAACUGGAACAAGCUAACAAGCAGCUUUGGCUUCGGAUCAAGGAGCUGGAACUGCAGGCACAGGUACAUGGUCUUGCUGCAACGUCCCCUCAUGGUUUGAACCCCACUGAUGCCGUCAAGCAAGAAUCAGAUCCUAUGACUGGUGUUCAACAGCAACUCACAGUUCCUCAGCAAACGACAUACCAGCACGCAGUGGACUUUUCUGCAGGCCUUGGAUACCAAAACAGUGCCUGCGCAGACACUUCUUUCCCUGCAAUAUCCAAGUCAGAGCUUGAUCUCAUGCUUCUGGAAGACACCAUGCUUAGCUCUGAUCCCAUGAUGACAUGUGAUCCACUUAUGUCUACCCUUUCCCCUGGAACCUCUAAGGCUAGCAGCAGAAGGAGCAGCUUCAGCAUUGAUGAAGUGGAUGGUCUGUGA